CAUCACCUGAAUGUUUACUUUCUGCCACAUGUUGUCUUUAGUCCACUAGGAAUUAUUGCGUUAUUCAAAUGUUUUAUGAAGUUAGUGACCUUAGGACAGUGAUGUAAUUUUAGAAAACCAUUACUUAUAUCAAACUGAAAGACUUUCAUACUGUGAUAUGGACGAUCAAGACCUGUAUGAAAGUUUACCACCAACUAGCACCAGCGUGGAUCAUAUGGUGGCCGGCGCUGCCGCUGGAGUUCUAGAGCACAGUGUUAUGUACCCUGUGGAUUGUGUAAAGACUCGAAUGCAGUGCCUCAUACCAGAUCCUAAAGCUGACUACAGAAGUAUUGCUGAUGCCUUUUAUAAGAUUGUAAGAUAUGAGGGAGUACGCAACACUGUGCGAGGUGUAAGUGCAGUCAUUGGUGGUGCUGGACCUGCUCAUGCACUGUACUUUGCAUGCUAUGAAAAAAUGAAGAAAAUAAUUUCAGGUGGCCACCAAGGAAACCAUUUUGCUCACGGUUCCGCCGGUUUGCUGUCAACAUUACUACAUGAUAUGGUGAUGAAUCCUGCAGAAGUGGUAAAACAGAGAAUGCAGAUGUUUGACAGCCCUUACAAAUCAUGUUCGAACUGUAUCAAAGUUAUCUACAAGGAAGAAGGUGUAAUGGCAUUCUAUAGAAGUUUUACAACACAGUUGACUAUGAACAUACCUUUUCAGUGUAUACAUUUUAUGACUUAUGAAAUAAUGCAAGAUUUAAUGAACAAAGAUCGGGGCUACGAUCCAUCAUCGCACAUGAUCUCGGGUGCAAUUGCUGGGGCAGCAGCUGCUGUUGCUACUAUGCCUCUCGAUGUAUGCAAGACAUUAUUGAACACUCAGGAAUGCUGUUCAAGGUCUCGAGUUUCUUAUGUGAAUGGUAUGACUUCAGCAUUUAGACUUGUUUAUGAAUAUCAAGGGCUGCGAGGCUAUUUUAAAGGUGUCCAAGCACGUGUGAUAUUCCAAAUGCCGGCAACAGGCAUUUCAUGGUCUGUUUAUGAACUGUUUAAGUAUUUACUAACCCAAAGACAAAACAUGGAAGACAAAUACCCUAGAGUGAAUGGACUAACAGUUAAAGCCGUGGAGAGUAGUGAAGUAUAACAAAGAAACCCUCAAUCUGACUACCAACCGCCUCACAAUAAAACCAACUUUUUCAACUGAUUGGACUAAGCUGCAUGUGCUACAUACAUUUUUAUUUUCAUGUUUUUGUUUGGUUUGGUUGUCAUGCAUAUUUAUGUUCAUAAUUUUUUGUCAUAUCUCAUUUCUGUCUAGGUCAUUUAUAAUUGAUAAGGUUAAGCAGUUAUGGCCCCUUUAAAUUUUACGUAAACUUAAGUAUUUAUUUUUGUAUUAAUUACAUUUUUCAUACCGCUGCAUAUAACCAUUCUUCUAGUUGUAUGUACAGGUAGUAGUGACUUUUUUUCUUCUAUUUCUUUCAUUUACAAAAAAAUUUAUCAUGGAAAUUAUUAAUCAAACUUUCUUGAAGCCUUAUGAUUCUGCAUCAUAAGAAAAUUCACAAUGUUUUGCAUCCUUUAUAUAAUUUCAAAAAAUGCGACAUAGUAGAUUUUGCAAAACUAAAAAAAAAAAAAGCAUUUGAAAUAUUUAUAGCAUUAUUGGUAAACAGAAUUUCCUAAAAUUAAAAUCACUAUUCUCCCAUUUGUAUCCAUUGUCCAGCAAUAAUUGAUAUACCUAAACAUUUCUGAAUUUAAAGUAUUCCUCAGAGAUUUUCUUAAUUUAAAAAUGAUUGGUCAUAGAUUAAAACAGAUUUAAGAUAAAUUAGUACAUUUACAUAAAUCAUUGUGCCAUCAUAAAGUUGCAAGAAUCCUUGUCAUCUUCAAGAUUAAAAUAAUUGCUCUUCUCAUUGUCCCAUAUCUAAUACCUGUUAUAGCUCUGUUAUGCAAGGGUCUUGUUAGGGUUUAGACUACUAAGUAAUUGAUUCUGAUCUAGUUAAAUGUCAUAAAUAUCUGGAUUGUCUAAGAAGACAAACAUCACACUGCAUGGCUUUUAUCUUCUAGUCUUUGCAUUUUCUUCAUUCAUACCAAGAUGAUUUUGUUUUUUUAUGAAACCUUGGAAUGUUUUCUUUUUAGAUUAUUCAUGUCAUUAAUAUUUACUCCAGAGUAGGUUGCUGUAUUACACUACAGGGACGCAGUUAAUAGGAUUCUUGAUUUUAGGUUUCUUAAUCGUAGUAGCAACAAUACAGUAGACACAAGUGGAUUCCUGUAAAAACAUUCUUGCUAGUGUUAAUUGAAACAGGGUGAUUUGUGGUGAUAACAUUCUGAUCUUUGUCCUUGUUAUACAAUAUCUAUGGCAUUUAGGGAGAGAAAUGUCAGAGUGAGUCACUCAUAAUCACCAGGCCUUGCGGUCAUAAAAAUUUCGAGCGCAAUUAUUGUUCUCUGACUCAGAAAUCAACCGAUCAAAAUACUGGAUUCAGUGUUUUGCGAACAACUUUUUCACUCUCGAGUAAAAAGUGUUAUGAAUUAAGACCCGGCAUUCACCACCAACAGGGACUUUUAACUGAUUCACCUUGUGUAUACUGUUGUUGAACUUUGUCAGCUGUUCAUGCUUUUACAUGUAAUUGUGUCUUUUUGAAGGGUAGUCAUCUUGUGAUUCUAUACAUGUAGUGUAUUUGUUUCAUUCCAUUGAAAUCAUAUCUAUGCAAUUUAAAAUGGUUGAUUUGUGUAUUGAUUAUAAUUUUCUAUAAAUGGCUCAAUGUUUUCACAAUUCUAGAUAGUAUAUGUCAUAAUUCAUGAAAGGAGAAGGUAUGAAGAAACUAUUAUUUAGCCUCUGUGGUCUAAAAAAAGUUAAUUUCUUUAAUUCUGUCUUAAAAAAUGAUAAUUUUAUUAAUUUAUAUACUUAUUCUGGUCAUUUUAGUGCAUCAAUGUCAUUUAUGAUCUUGUUGUUAUGUCAUAAUUGACAAAUAAGUUGUAUUUACUAAAUUUUGGCAAAUUAAAUAUUAGCAAUUACAGCCUUACACAAAAACAUCUUUGUAUAAGACAUUUUUGGGCAAAAAAUCAUGCAAAUUUUUAUUUUUUUCUGUUACAUUGUACAAGCAUUAAGUAAACAUUUAAGACUCAAAGCAAACAUUAUAGACGAAAACUUAUUUUAAAUUUUUAGAGUAUAGUGUUAACUGAAAAGAAAUGCUUUCUGAAAAUUUAAAGGAUGAUAUUACUAGAUUUAUAAUACUUUGUGAUUUUCCAAUUAAAGGGGCCAAAAAUAGUCUGUACAUAUCUUUUCCUUCAUUUUUCUCACUUUUUGCCAUGCUUCUUGUUAUUUAGAAAGAUAUGUUUAAACAAGUGUUUUAUGGAGGGAAGUUGAUUGGUGCACAUGAAGAUUUAAGUAAACUGAAGGUAUAAGAUUUUUCCCUCCAAAUUGUAUUCUCUACUUUAAAGAUAUUUCUUCAAGAGAGCCAACCAGUCUGGUUUUCAAGAAUGGUUUGGCAAGGUUAAAAUCAUUUUUAUCUUUAAAAAUGAAAUUAAAUUCCAAUAUGUUUUUGGGUGCUAUCUUUUAAACUUACGUCUUAUGUGUUGAUGAAGGGUUCUGUAUGUGUUUAGUUUGAAAACAUAAGAUACAAAUUUUUAAAAAAAAGUCUGAAAAUUAUAUCUAAAUUUGAUGAUGCCUUAUUUCCAGUACUAGGUUUUAAUAACAUCAGGGUUUAAAUGAUUAACAGUCACAGUAAUCGAUCCAGAUAAAUCCGAGUUUCCAUUGGAUCCAAACUGGGAGGAGGGAGAAAGGGCUUAAAACAUUUUAACACUAUCUACUUUUAGAAAAAGUUUUUUUGGUUGAGAUGUUUUUUUCAUCUAUAAUAUAUUAUGUGCUCGUUUAUUUUCAAGAAGAGGUUGGUUGUGUCAAAUUGAGGAGAUUUACACAACUUUUUUUUUUUUUAUUUUAAAUAUAUUUAUUAUGUUAUAUAAUUUUGUAUGUUUGAAACUGUAGUUUGAGUGUUACUAAGCUUAACUUCAGUUUGUGUUGGUCAUUAUGAAUGCUACACAUGUGUACAUACUUUCUGUAUGGGACAUAAAUAUCGCUGUACAUAAUGUGUGAGUCAUGUAAAGUGCUACACGUAUUUGUAAAUAUUGUUUUGAUUUUAUGUGAGACAUGAAAAAUGCUUCACAUUUGUAAAUAGUCGCGAAAAAAUGAACCCAAAGGUGUGAGGUAUUAUUCAAAAUACUACAGCUUGGGUUAAUCUUGAAUUUUUUUCCCCUUUAAAAUACUACUCUUAAAAUUUUAUUUUUUUAAUUUAUUCAGAAGACCUCAGAUAAACUAAAGUAUUUUUUUCUUGUAAAAUUUAUUGCUUGUUAAUUGAAAUGAAUAUAAAAGUUAAUGCAAAAUUUUCAAUGUAAAUUAAUUUUCAUUAUAAUCGAAUUUAUAUUUUGAAAUUAAUCAGACAUGAAGUUCAAAACAUUCAAAUAAUUGAUAUGUAAUCAAGAGACUUUUAUGUUGAAAAAUGCGUUUCUACGGGUAGGGAAGAAUUCAUGUACAAGUAGUAUUCCUACUAAAAACUGUACAUUCAAUUAUUAAGUGGUGCAUUAUUGUGUUUAAAAUAUAUUAUCUUCAGAUGAAAGCAUUGUAUUAGAAAAAAAACAAAAUGUUUUAUUUGUGAUCUCAAAUAAAGACUUUUUUUCUGCUUCCAAUCUGACACAAAAAUUAAAAGCUAAAUACAUAAAUUAAACUUAGUAUUAAAAUUCUCUUCCAGUUUAUGGGAUAAUUAAGAUACUUAUCAGUUUUUUCUUUCUCUCUAUUUUAUAUUCAGGCUUAAAGGAAUUUGUACAUGUACCAUAUUUAUUGCCAAUUUUAUACAUCUAAGUUCACAGAACACCUAUUUAUCAUCCUUAUGCUUUGAGAAUCUAGGAUUUUAUUUAGAGCAUGUGUCCUGAAUUUUUUUAUGUUUUCUUAUUUAGAAUAACAAGGUACACAACUGCAGAAUUAAUACAUUGUACAUUAUUGUUUCUUUGACAUAUUCCCCAUUUCCAUUCUCAAUUUUAUUUACAUUAUAAGAUUUUAUGAUAAAUAAUAACCAAACUUAUUUUUUUUUUUAUACAGUGCUUUCAUUCCUAUGUCAAACCUUGAAUAUGUUAAAUAUGUGAUAUUUAAGUUGUCAUGUAAAAUACUAAGAUUUCAUACAGACAUUGUACUUAUUUAUGUUAUUCUGACAAUUCUUAUUAACAAUAUAGUAACAGCCAAGAAAGACAUUUUUAAAAACAAACAAGGAUAAGCAAAUUAGUUUUUUUUAAAUUUCUACCAGUGAAUUUAGAUACUGUUGAUUGACUAUUGGUCAAGUGAUUAUCAUUCAUUCAACUGUCAAUACUGGGGCACUGACCAUGUUUUUAUAAUGUCACUUGCAUUUAAAAAAAUUCCCAGUGAAUGAAUUUCUAAAUUUUUUACAAAGGGUAAAGCAAAAAAACAAGAUAUAUCUGGUAAUUGUUCUUAAUUGACCUUAAAAUCCAAAUCAUGUUUUUGUGAGGAUUUCUUUACUAUAAAUUAAAAUAAGUCAGUUUCUGUAACUGCUAUAAACUAACCAAACACAUAUAUCAUAGGCAAUUUUAUCCAGAUGCAAAGAAUGAUUCUAGAGGAAAGAAAUCCCUGUUACAUUUUUGCAUCUCUGAGUUUUCAUAUUCCUGCCUUUUCUUGUGAAUGUUAAAGAAAAUGUUUUGAAUGUAGUAAAUUCAGAAAAUUGGCAUACUUUCUUAGUUCUAUUGUUGCCAAAAGAUUGUUUUUACACUUUGGACUUUGUGUUGGCAUUAAGGAUGGUAUAUAUGUAUAAAAGAUUUGCUUCUUUGAAAAUCUUGACUUCUAGUACAUUAUGUUGAAAGUGGUCAUAAGCAAAAAAUAAAUUGAAAAUGCAGGCAAAUCCAAAAUCAGAUUGCCAAAAUUUGGAAGUUUUGAAAUAGCUAAUUGUUUUAAUUGUUGAUCCUCCUCUGUUUGUUGACAUUUUUUAAGACAUUCAAAAUUCUGGAAGUAUUUUAGUUGGGGAUAUAUGGAAAUAGAUACAAUACUUGAAACCUGACAUACUCUUGAUAUCUGACGUUUGAAAAUUUUAUAUCUUUCCUUGUACAUAUGUUAUAUCUUGUGAAAACAUAGUUUAUAUUGUCUCUUUAAAUGUAAUUAUCACCAAAAUCAGCAUUUUUAUUUUAAGAAAUUAUUAGACUUAUAUAUGCAUAAAGUAAGACAAGAUUUAUUUUUGCAACCUAAAAAUUUCUGUAUAACAAAUCAUAUUUUCUUAAAUGACGUAGUUUCAAUACUUUCAGAUGGUUAGCAUGUUUAACAGAAAAUUUAAAGAUCUUUUAUCUAAAUAUUGAAUAGUGAAAAGCUAAAUAUUUUCUUAAUUUCAAUAGAUUUUGUAAUUUUGUGGACAUUUUGUGAACUGAAUUUGUAAAUCUCAAUGUUACAAUGAAAAAAAUGAAUAUUUAUUAAUUUCUGUAGAAAUUAGGUUGUUCAUUCUCUAAUUUUUGUUUAGAACAAAUGCCUUUUGUAACAAAGCUGUAAAUUUUAAUUUACUUUUUAUUUUUUGAAAGACACAUUUUAAGAAUAUAAAAUUACAUUUGAUUUUUUUUUUAUCACAAACUACAGGUACCUUCAAGUGAUUGUUUUUUGAAAGAUUGUUUCAUGUGUCUGUUUGAGGUAUUUGUAUUUUACAAGAUAACUUUGCAUAUUUGUUGAACUUUAUAUAUUAAAUAAAAGGAAAUGCUAUUAAAAA